CUCUAACUAGGGUUUUAGUUGCAGUGAAAAGUACAUAUUCUAGUAUGAUGGAGUUUGUGAAAUCGUUGGGCAAAGGUUCGGGUGGUUCUGUCAAUCUCAUCAGAGUCACUACACCCGACGGCUCGAACCCGCACUACCACGCCGUGAAAAGCUCAAACUACUACGACUAUCUCCACGACGAGUUUCAGAUUCUAUCUAAGCUCAGAGAUUGUCCCGGAAUCGUGCAAACCUUUGGAGCAUCUCUGUCGAGAGGUUUCAAUGUUCACGGGAGAAAAGUUUACAGCAUGUCGAUGGAGUACGCAGCUGGUGGAAAUUUAACUUCUUUCAUAGAAACAAGGUCGUUGACGGAUACGAUGAUCAGAGACUUCACUCGUAUGAUUCUUCAAGGACUCGUCGCUGUUCAUGAUCUCGGAUACGUCCACUGCGAUCUCAAACCGGACAAUCUUCUCGUGUUUCCACGUGAUGUUAAUGUUGGUGUGAUGAACGAAGUUUCGUACGAGUUGAAGAUUUCUGAUUUUGGACUGUCGACAGAAGUUGGAGAAGACUCGAAGUUUUGGGAGUUUGAUUCUCCCUACUUGGGAACGCCUCUUUACAUGUCGCCCGAGUCUGUUCGUUACGGCGUGGCGAAGAAGUCGUUAGACUUGUGGUCGCUAGGUUGCGUUGUGUUGGAGAUGCACACAGGAAAGCCUCCGUGGCCGUUCCAAGACUCGAAGGAGUUUUUGCGUCAUUUGUUGGAUGACAAGGCACCAGAGGUUCCAGAGUAUGUUCCUUGGGAAGCACGGCAGUUUCUAGAGACGUGUUUCGCAAGGAAUCCUGUGGAGAGAGGAAGCGCUUCGGGUCUGUUGAAGCAUCCGUUUCUGAUGAGAACAGAUGGUCACUAAGAGUGAAGGACUUGGCUUGCGAUAGACUGAUUAGGAUCGUUUACAUUGUAAUAGCUUAUAUAGCAAAUUCUCAUUGUAACAAAUCUUUUGUGACAUAAAUAAAAAUUCAGUUCAUCAUAACUCUAAUGCUCAAGAGUUUAAACUCUAUAAAUCAAUGAAUCGAACUGAGUAUUUUAAAGAGUAAGUUAAAACGGACUGAAUGAUUUAGACCACUUAGUGGUCCGGCAUGGGGUGUUACAGUUAUUCCA